ACGAACGGCAACGGAUGCACACGUUGUCUGCCGGCUCCGGCACGCAACACUCGCUCCUCCACCUCCCGUCCCUGACCUCAUUCAUGGACGCCCGUUGCUCCACGCACGCCUCGCUCGAUGCCGCAAGGCAAGGCCGGCCAAGGAUCCAAGUCGACUGACUCCACCAGCGCAACCCGGCACUGCACCGAGCACCAGCAGCACAGCACGCACUCUGCACACCCCGAUGGUUGGAUGACACGACCGACUCGGCACUCGUUCGCUUUCAAUGUCCGUACUCGCCGCCCACGCCAAUGCUAUUAAACCCACUUCGAGUCCCGAGGACAUGUCGAGCUCCAUCCCGCUGCGCUUCCGCCCUUCCCAUGUCCCUCGCUUCUCUCAUCGUCCGUCUUGAUAUCAAGUCGAGCUGCUCCUCCUCGCCUCGUCUCUCUCGUCUUGCCCUUGUCUCGUCCUCGACUUGACUUGCGUCCGAUGCGCCAGCACCUCGCGUCCACGACUCGCCCAAGAUGGCUACUAUCGAGCCACGCCUCAUCCAUCUGCUAAAUGGGUCCACGACGCCUCAGAUCCAGCACGCGGACCUCCCGCCCCUCUACGCUCUGCCACUGCCAACCUCGUCCGACCGGCCUCUCCCGCCUAUCGAGCCGGAUGCUGCUCACCGAUAUGGGACCGACGGAGCCGUCUUUGGCUCUGCCGGCUUCCCCUCGAGCGACGAUGUGACCCCAUCCUAUCGCAAGGACGACGCUCGAUGGGACGGCCGCCCGUCUGGCGCGUCGUCCCAUCCCCUCCGUAUGCUCCUAGGCGAGUCCGAUGCCCACGAGGGGUCGUCGUCCUACUCCCACUCCAAGAUCCUCAACGACGCCGCAGAGACUUCAGACGACUCCUACACCAAGAAGCGGCCUCGGAAUAUCAACGCCAAGGACGACUUUGUCCAGCUUCCGCAGCCCAUGAAGAAGCAAAAAUCGGCCCAGCAGUCGCUGGCCAUGCCGCCCAUCAUCAACGGCUUACACGAGCCGCCCCCUCACGCCGCCCUUUUCCCUCCGAUAGCCUCGACCUCCUUCAGCGACAACGAGGCGAGCCAAGUCAAGAUGCUGCCCGACUUUGGCCGCAGCGCCGCAGACAGCAACAAUGUGGCUUCGUCUCCCGAAGCCGACAAGACCGCCGCCGGCAAGGCGAGGAAACGAGCCGCAAAGCCCAGGCGGAAAUGGUCCGAAGAGGAGACAAAGCAUCUUCUCCUCGGCGUGAACCGUCACGGUGUCGGAAAGUGGACCACGAUUCUUGAAGACCCGGAUUUCACCUUCAACGACCGAACCGCUGGAGAUCUCAAGGACAGGUUUAGAACCUGCUGCCCCGUCGAGCUUCGGGGCCCGUCCAAGAGCUCCUCCCAGCCGAACUCUCCGCCCCCCUGCUCGCGCGACCCGAAACCAAGGGCCAAAAAGGGUAUCCACUCGGAGAACAUCCUCAUCGAGGACAGUCCCUCGCCUCAGGACCCGGCAUCUAGCCCAGACUCUUCGGCGCCUCCCAAGCAGAAGAAGAGCCGAGCGCAUCGUAAGAAGCUCGAGGAUCUCGCUGAGCUGGGAAUCCACGGUCCGUUUAAAAAGUCUCUGAGGCGUGAGAGACGCCCUUUUACGGAGCAAGACGACCGGGAAAUUCUAGAGGGCCUGGAUAUCUACGGCCCGGCCUGGACCAAGAUCCAGCGAGACUCUCGCUUCCACCUUUCCAGUAGGCAGCCGACUGACUUGCGCGACCGUGUGCGCAACAAGUACCCCGGAGUCUACCAGCGCAUCGAAAAGGGGACUUUCCAAGCCAAGGACGACGCUAGGGGCAAUGACACUAUGGAGCCGUCUAUUACCAUGUCGAUUGAUGACUCAUUGAGGCGGUCAAAAGGCGCGUCUGGCGGUCUUCGAGCCAGCUACGGUCAUGCAAAAGACGAGCUGCAUUCGUGGCCGAUCCAAAUGCUGGACUCAGCAAACUACAUGCACCCGCCUCACAGCUUUGAAUUUGGCGAGAGCACACCUCACUUCAUGGGCGGUGAGAUGGACAUCUCUCGCCUGUUACUCGACGACUCACGGCUGGCUCAACUGCCUACGCGGCAAGGCUACGAUGGCAUGUCAGGCCCUUCAUCGCCGUCUGCGUUUGCGGUGGAUCAUCGGAGGGACAGACACGGCCCUCACCCUGUCAAAUGUUAGGUGAUACGAGAACAUGGCAACUGCAACCUUAAACAAGCGCCUUUCGCGGGGCACUGCAUAAUGAUUCUGGGACCGGAGUUGGGAUCGGAAUUGGAACGAGGAAAGUGGGUUGGUGCGACAUGGCGCAAGAUGCGACGGGACUCGCGGAACCACAAGGUUCGGCCGCGUAUGUGCAACGACUUUGAUUAUGGAUACCUCGGUGAAAUUCUGCCGGAGCGAGCCUGUGCUUUCUAGGAAGACGAGCGAUACGCUCGCAUAGAUACCACUUUGAUAAGAAUGUAAUUGCACAAUUUGGGAGCCGAAAAGGAGACGUCACAAGCACAUGCCUGCCACUUGCACGGGCAAGUGGUCCAAGAAUAGCACGAUCGUCUGGCCAGAAAAGUACGUCGUGACGCCAGGAUCGAGUUCUGGGUUAGGG